GGAUUUGGAAUAUAUUUUCAAGGUACAGACGUUCUUAUCAUUUUUCUUUUGAAUUACACCAUUUUAUUCCUUUAAAAAAUAGAUUUCUAAAAAAUAUUACAUUGAUUUCAAUAAAAAUAAAUGUAUGUUGAAUUUUAUUUUUGUUGUAUCAAGAAAAUACCUUACUUGAGCAAUGAUAUUGGAUAAGAGACUGUAGGGAGUCUAAUAAUACUAAUACUAUAGCUCUCAUACAUGUAAUUAAGUCAUAUAGGCCUACCAAUUUCAAGUCAGAUUAAGAAUUUUGGAAUGGAUUGAUUGCAUCGGAUUCUAAGUUACUAACUUAGUAAGGGGUAUCAAUGUGAAAGACAAGAGCAUACAUGUAGGUUGAAUCCUCCCUGACUCCUUGAUCACUAGCGAGAGAUACUAACUUAAAAUGAGUCCGCCUCAGAAAGAGAAGAAGUCUUCUUCUCUGCCAUGCGAGGUAUUCUUUGCCUGUACACGCUGCGGCUCUCGCUCACGAACAGUGCCUCAGCUUCUCACCCACUACAAAACAGCGCAUAAGGAAGAGAUUGCAAAUGGAACCAUCUCAAACAAGGAAGAGACAAUUUCAGCAGAGGGACAGAAAAUUGAGAGUCGGACCAAAGAUGCUGCAGAAGACAAGAAGGGUGCCUCUUCCAAGAAAGGGUCCAAGGAGAAAAAAGAUGAUAAUGAAUCGGACGUCGUUUACGUUGAAGGGAGUAAAAAACCUGCGAAGCCAUCUGGUCCAGUCAUCACUCAUCCGGAGAAGGACUGUGUUAUUACAAGGAAACGGAACGUUCCGCUGGGUAUGUUGGAGGGGAAGAAGAACUCCCUGAUGGUAAUCUUCCAGCAUUCAGAUCAGAACAAGCCCCUUCCUGAAGGAUCGUCGUUCAAAUUGCGUAACACCGGAGGCGAACAGACUUACCUGGUGGUCGCCAAUGUUGAUGUGGAUAUUAUUGAACAGGGAAAACCACCGCAGGGUAAACCAGCACUGGGAAGGCCAGCUAAGAAAGCAAAGACUGGCAAGUGAAAAAUACUGAGUACCAGCUGGGCAAAGCUGGGGUUUAACGGACAUACUGGGGUUUUUGUUAAUGUCAAUGUGGAUAUUAUUGAACAUUAGUUUUAAAAGACUGGCAAGUGAAGAAUAAUUAUUGUAAAAAGGAGGGUCCUCGGAACGGAUCGCCAGCGUGUGAGUGCUAUGCAUCCCUAUGGAACGGGCAUGCGUGCAUGAUGCAGCUAGCCCGUCGGCACGGCCGCCGGGUGCGCUCGCCGGCGCUCGCGCAGAGACAAUGGUCGGCGGCUGCUUUUCACCAAAAUUGCAGCUUAUUGUAGCAGAUCAAUGCGACCGGAACGGCGUAACAAAAAAAAUGCGAAGUUUUGGAGUGGAUUUCUUCUUUUUUCUCGAUGAGAAGAAAAUGCUAUACUUUGGAGCGGCUUUCUUUGUUCUUUUUCUCAAGACGAAAAUGCUAUGCCUUGGAACGGAAAUUUGAGUGUAAAAAUGAGGGUCCCCUCCGCGGCACAUACCCACUAUGCAUUAUAUACUGAGUGCCCCCCCCCCCCCCCCCGGGGUUAUUGUCAAUGUAGAUAUUAUUGCACAGGAGAAUCUUGCUCAGAAAGAAAAGACGGGCAAAUGGAAACACCCCUGCUCAAUCAGCGCAACACUGGGAACGAACCAGGCGCGGAUCCAGGGGGGCACGUGCCCCCCCCCCCCCCCUUGUGAGAAGAAAAAUUAAAAUUUGUAAUGAAAAAAUGCCAUUGAAACCGAGGUGUGCCCCCUCUUUUGAAAUUGAAGACUUUUUUUUUGGGGGGGGGGCUUGUCAAAUUUUUUCGGGUAGGAAAUAUCCCUAAUUUGUGGUUGAAAACCUUUUUUUGGGGGGGGGGGGCUUGUCAAAAUUUUCCUCCGAAAAAUGUGCCCCCUUUUUGGAAAAUCUUGGAUCCGCCCCUGGGUUGAACAGAGACGCAUAGUGGUUGACAACGUUGAUACGGUAAUGAUAUCGUUGAACAAGGGAAGCCUGCUUAGAAAAUAGAGACAGGCAAAUAACGCUAAGACGCAUGGUUGUUGAUGAUGUAGAUAUCAUUGUACAGGAGAAACCAUCAGAGAGUAAAGACAGAAGUGAAAAUGACAUUGAAAUGGAAGUUAGAUGUGAAAGUGAUACAUCAAGAGCUGGUUUUAUACUCGGGUAGUGAUUUAGAUAUUGAAGCAUUUCAGACUGCUUCAUUUCCACUUCUCCUACCAUUGAACAAACAACAGUAUCCUAUUUAUUAAAAUCUUUGCCUUUAGUUUUCAAAGGCAAUUAUGACCUACAUGUAUAGGUAUACUUUUUGUUUUGUCUUGUUCCUACAGCUCGAGGUUCUCUUCUUUGAAAUUAGGACAAAGUGAUUUUUUCUUUUAUUACAAUUGAAUUAUCACAAUCUGUACAACGAGAACAAAAACUUCAAUCACUGCAUCAUUGGUUGAUCUGCUGAACUGUGUGGGCUGUCAAUGUCAGAAAUUUAAAAUCCCCAGAAAAGACAAGUUGUUCCUAAGUAUGUGCUGUACGAUAUUACUUCAUAAACCACACAAAAGACAACAAUUCUAGGUUCUUUGAAUUAGACCCUCAGUAAUUUUUAGUCCGUUCUCAUUCUUUAUCCAAUAGCAUCAAAGCCCAUGUACCUAUUUCGUUUUCAUAAUUUGAUAUCUUCAUGGAUCAGAAUCCAGAAGGAGAAAUUCCUUAAAUGUCUCUGUCCGAGCAUUGAUAUUGUAAAAAUGUUGAGUAUUUUAACUAAAAUGUACAUGUAGCCUGAUAAUUGAAAUGUGAAAUGUUUUCCAAUAUAUUGUAAAUAAAUACUUUACUUCAUGUUUUAUUGCAUAAUAAA